AGGUCAGCGGGGGUGAGGGCGGCCGCGGCGCGGAAGGACGGGGCUGCGGGGACAGGUCGGUGCCGCCGGGCACCGGUGCGGCCAGCAUGACAGCUCUGCCCGCCCCCAGCCCGUGCCGAGCAGGGAACGGGACCAGCUGGCACAGGCCGACCUACUGUGACCGGCUGGUGCAGGACACGCCUUUCCUGCUGGGCCCCGGGCGCCUGAGCGAGCAGCAGGUGGACAGGAUCAUCCUGCAGCUGAACCGCUACUGCCCCCAGAUCCUCAGCAACAAGGAUGCGGAAAAGUUCCGGAACCCCAGGGCGUCCCUGCGCGUCCGGCUCUGUGACCUGCUGGGCCACCUGCAGCGGAGCAGCGAGCGGGACUGCCAGGAGUUCUACCGCGCCCUCUACAUCCACGCGCAGCCCCUGCACGGCAGCCUGCCCAGCCGGCACAGCAGGCAGAACUCCGACCUGGACUUGGACACCGCCAGCCACACACUCAGCGACAGGGGACCCAUGGCCUUCCUGGCCUGCCUCGGCCUGGCCGCCGGGCUGGCCCUCCUCGUCUACUGCUGCCCUCCAGACCCCAAGGUGCCGCCCGCGGCCCGGCGCGUCCUGGGCUUCUCGCCGCUCAUCAUGGACAGACACGUCAGCCGCUUCCUGCUGGCCUUCCUGGCGGCCGAGCAGGGCGGCCUCUGACGACCAGCCCUCCGCCCGCCGGCCUCCCUCUCCUGAAGGCCGCACCCGCUCUCCGGUCCCUGCGAAGGCACCUCCUCCGGCCAGGGAGUGAUUAAACGUGGGGGUCCCCUUCCUUCUCA